AUGCCCCUGACCCUGCCCCACAGGGGAAGAAGCUCCCGCGUGGCCGACUCCCGAGUGGCGAGCACUAGCCUCCCGCGGGCUACGGCCCACUCGCCAAGGCGUGCCGGCCGCGGGGCCCCGUCGUCGAGACAUGCACAACGCCUCACCCGGCGACGCCAUUCCUCCGAGCAGGUCCCACCAGGGCCCGAGCCGGAGGCUGACUUCCGCUCGGGAAAGUGGCUCCAAGAGCGCGCCGGAGGGGACACCAGGGACUCGCGGCAGGCUGCGCGUGCCGGGAUGGGAUCUAGGCACAGGAUCUGUAGUUGGGAAGAAGUAGUGAUCCCUUGUGCUUCUGACAAUGAUUCAGGGAGUGUGGAUUUGCAGCUGAGCAACUUAGAGAAUAUUAAAAAAGAUUCAAGUGGCCUUGAACUUACAGACUCCGACAUCUCUGACAUCGCUGGACUCUCUCAGGAACCGCUCACAGAUAGCUUCAGACGCCUGACCCAAAAGGGCCCCCUCAGUGAGGCCAUUGUUGAGAGGCUCAUCCAGUCUAUCCAGGAGGUUUUUGAUGGUGAGCUACAGAGUGAACUUGAGAAGCUGACAUUCCUACGAUCUUUGUCUUCUCUCAGCCGAACUUUACCCUAUGAUGACACCACAGAAUCAUUCAUUCACAGCCACAUAGCAGAUAUUGUGUGUAUCCUAAAUAUGCUGGUAGAAGAGGAGCCUGUGCAUUCUCUCUUGAGCUCUGUGCGCCAGGAGGUCUUUGUUACCAUCUCUGACCUCAGCUACCAAGGUGUCCACUUGCUAUUUGGCUCUGAAGAUCGAGCUGAUUUAUUCAGUCUUAUUACAAAAAGUAUAAUCACUCUGCCCUCCGUAACGACUCUUAUCCAGCUGCAGGAAAUCAUGCCAAGUGGGUCCUACAACACAGAGUGUCUCUACAGGCAAACGUUUCAAGCAUUCUCUGAGAUGCUCCAGAGUUUGGUAGUAAAAGACCCACAUUUGGAAAAUCUUGACACCAUUUUUAAGCAAAUGGACCCCUGGUUACAAUCAACCAAAGACCAUGAGCGGGAACGGGCCACAGCCAGCAUGGCUCAAGUUCUAAAGUGCUUAUCCAGACAUCUCAGCCUGAAGCUUCCACUGCGAUUCCAAAGGCUUGGGCACCUGGUGGCUCUGAUGGCACUACUGUGUGGGGACCCAGUGAAGGAGGUAGCGGAGGAGGCCGCAGAGGGCACGCACUACCUGCUACGUAUCACCCUAAGGCUGAAGUAUACCAGCUAUGACAAGAAAAAUCACCCAAGCUUGAGAAGAGCAAUGAAAAAGUGUCAAGAACUCCUAGAACUCUACAGUAUUAAACAGUUCUACAGUUGUCCCUUCAAAAUUGCCCAGAUCUUCGAAGUUUUUCUCAAUUCAAAUGAGCUCUGCCAGUUUGUAAUGACUAUAUUGGAUAGCCUGGAAAAUCUGAAACAUCCCUGCACCCAGCAAUCAGCAGGAGAAUUGCUGCUAACAUUGGUGAAAAAUGCAGAGUCCCGAUUUGAGAAGGUGCCAGAAAUUAUGCGAGUUGUCUGUGCCCGGCUAUCCAUAAUCAGCCAGCCUAGAGUCCGACGACAAAUCAUAAAUACUGUGAGUUUGUUUAUCUCCAGGCCCAAGUACACAGAUACAGUGAUCAGCCACCUUCUGUGUCAUCCAGUACCAUAUGACAGGCAUCUGGCUGAGUUGUGGAGAACUCUGGAGGUAGAACUGCCCAGCACCACCUGGAUUCUGUGGAGACUUCUGAGGAAGCUGCAGAAAUGCCAUAAUGCGCCCACCCAAGAGAAGAUGGCCUAUGUGGCUGUUGCUGCAACAGAUGCCCUUUAUGAGGUGUUUGUGGGAAACAGGCUCCAAGCAGCUACAUUCAGACUCUUUCCUCAGCUUCUCAUGACACUGCUCGUCCAGAUACACCACAGCAUCGGUCUCACCAUGUCUGAUGUCGCCAUCCCAAGUGGCCUGUACACAGAACAGGAAAUGUCUUCAGAGGUCACCCCUUUGUGCUUCGCCAUACAGUCUACAAAGACUCUCCUCCUCAGAACAUUGUGCUGGCAGGAAUUCAACAUCAUGGAAAAGAAUAAAGGAUGGACCCUCCUGGAAGGAAAAGAGUGCCAUCUUCAGGGAGUAUCUCUCCUUGCCAAUGCGUUGCUGGAAAGAAAUCACCUCCUUGCACAUAAAGUCAUGUACUUGUUGGUCCCUCUUCUUAACCGAGGGAAUGAUAAACAUAAACUCACAUCUGCAGGAUUUUUCGUGGAGCUUCUCCAGAGUCCAGUGGCUAGGAGACUGCCCAGCAUAUACUCUGUUGUCCGCUUGAAAGACUGGCUACAUCAUGAAAAUAGUGUCUUCAAAUUUCUUGCCCUGAAGGGACUGCACUAUCUUAUCAAACACCAGGAGAUGAGGGAAGGCAUCAAGAGCCUGUUGCCGUGCAUCUUAGACCUCUUACGUGAAACCGACGAGAAGAUUCUUUUGUUGGCCAUCCAGAUACUCUUGCAACUCGUUGGGACAAUGGAUUUCACCACCCUGACAGCCAUGAUGAAGACCCUGCUCUCCCUGUUUGGUGAUGUGAGACCUGAUGUUCAUCGUUUCUCCAUGACCCUCUUUGGAGCCUCCAUAAAGUCUGUGAAAUACAUAGAUAAGAAGAGUGUAGAGAAUCAAGUCCUGGACAGCCUGGUCCCACUACUUCUGUAUUCUCAGGAUGAAAAUGAUACAGUAGCUGAGGAGAGCAGGCAAGUCCUAACCAUAUGUGCCCAGUUCCUGAAGUGGAAGCUGCCCCAAGAAGUGUACUGCAAAGAUCCCUGGUACAUCAGCCCUCGUGAAGCUGGAGCAGUCUGCAGAUUCUUUGGAAAAAAAUGCCAGGGGAAAGUUAACCUCCUCGCCCAAACAUUGAUGUUCUCCAAGAAGGCAAAGCUUCCUAUCAGAAGAGCAGCAGUCUUAUUUGUAGGACUCUUAUUAAAGUACGUGGAUCACAGUGAGCUCAGGAUGAAGGGCACUGACUGGAUAGAGAAUGAUCUGAGAGAUCUGCUGGGUGAUCCUGAGCCCUCUCUGCGCAUCAUCGCCUCUCGGGCUCUCUUCCGAGUGCAAAAGGUGGGGGCUGAACCAGAUCCCAGGCAGUCUGUUUCCGGGCUGAGGAAGCUCAUGAGCUGUCUUCCUACUUAGAAAUGCAAGGAGUUGUCACAGCAUGCUAUGUGUGACCUCAAGAGGAUCCCUGCCCAAGAGAGGUGUUCAUAUUUGAGGCUAGCAGUCAGGAGUUUUGAGCUAAUUGCAGGCUGAAUUAAAUCUUCACCCUUGAGCAGAGCCAAAAGGACACCUGGAGGAUGGCCGCUGGAUGCUAAACUUCAGUGCUCUGAGCACAUUUGAGUUAUACACAGUGCUUGCUUCUCCUUGGUCUCGGUGCAUUAAACCACCUUCACUCUCCA